UCCUCAACAAGUCUCUCCCGUCACAGUUCCCACCCUGCACCAGGGCACACUGUUCCUACUUCCGAAUGUCUCUGCAGACCCAUCUGACUAAAUAUUCGGUUCCUUUUCUCACUUCUUUCCUUUCUCAGCCGCCUACUACAGACCCUGACCCAGCUUUAUCUGCCAGACUGCUUUAAGAAACCGCCAAUGUUAGCCACCCAAGCUUAGGAGCCUUUGGUACUGGAGGCCUCCAGGAACGCUGAAAGGCAGAAGACUGCUGUAAACUCGAGUCUGCUGAAUGCUAAGCAGUAACACUGAAGAGACCCACAGCAAAGGACAGGCGCAAAGACUCUGAGGAAAAUGAAGUUUCCCUGCCUCUCCUUCCGGCAGCCCUAUGCUGGUUUAAUCUUAAAUGGAGUCAAGACUCUUGAGACUCGUUGGCAUCCCUUGUUGAGGAACCAUCAGAAAUGUACCAUCGCCAUCCAUAUUGCUCACAGGGACUGGGAAGAUGAUGCCUGGCAGCAGGUGCUGGUAGAGAGGUUGGGAAUGACCCUGGUGCAGAUUCAGACCUUACUACAGGAAGGAGAAAAAUAUGGCCGAGGUGUGAUUGCUGGACUUGUUGACAUUGGAGAGACUUUGCAGUGUCCAGAAACCUUAGCUGCUGAUGAGGUUGUUGAACUGGAAACCCAAGCUGUGCUAACCAAUGUGCAGCAGAAGUACCUGACUCCGAUUUCAAACCCCAGAUGGUUACUAGAGCCCAUACCUAGAAAAGGGGGGAAAGAUGUAUUCCAGGUGGACAUCCCAGAGCACCUGAUCCCUUUGGGGAAGGGUUGGAGCAGUGAAUGCUCUGCAGAACAGUGUCAGGAAAACUAAAUAAUGGCCCUAUCAUUAGUCCAUCAGAGCAUAAACCUCUAAAUAUCAGGGGGACUCUAAGCCCCUACUGCCAUGCAGGCUACAUCCCACUCUGUGCUGUUGCCAGACCCAGACUGCUGUGCCGUCAAGAAAGGGGACAGAAGUGAGGAAAUCCCUCCUGCGGUGGCUCUGGCAGUGAACCCACAAAGCUUCAAGAACCUUGGCCUUAGGGAAAAGGAAAACUGCCAUGAAAUGGCUUUUUGCUGACGUUCACCUUAGUCCUACUUUUUCUGGAAUGCAUAAAUAAAUGUGUUGAUGAUAA